AUGUUUCUUCUAUAUUUUAACAACAAACAGUUAGCUGUCGGUACAAAUCCAAUUACGUUAGCAGCACCUGGUAAAAGUCCCGACAAUCAUUUUGUGUUGGAUAUGGCUACAAGUGCAGUAGCUUUGGGUAAAAUUGAAAUGUGUCGAAGAAGAAACGUUCAAAUACCUAAAGGAUGGGGUGCUGAUGCUGAUGGUAAAACAUGUGUUGAUCCAAAUGUAGUUGUUACGAAGGGUGGUUUAAUGCCUUUGGGCGGUGAAGAAGAAAAUAGUGGCUAUAAAGGUUACGGUUUAGGAAUGUUUGUUGAAAUUUUAUGCGGAAUUAUUGCAAAUGCUGCAUAUGGAGCAAAUAUUCGUCGAUGGAUGUCAACUGAUAAACCAGCUAAUUUGGGUCAAUCAUUUCUAGCCAUUAAUCCUAAAAUGUUUGCACCAGGAUUUGAAGAACGAUUAUCGGAUUAUGUGAAUAUGAUGCGUAAUCUACCAGCAGUGGAUAAUAGUAAACCUGUGAAGAUUCCUGGAGAUUUUGAAAGAGAUCAUAUGGUAGAAUGUGAUGAACUUGGUGGUAUCCCAUAUCCUCCAGUAUUGAUUGAGAGUUUAAAUAAUUUAGCCGAUCGAUUGAAAGUUAACAAAAUGAAGAUUAUUAAAAAUUUAUAACCUAUUCACACAUUCACUUUAUUAUAUUUUAUACCACAAUCUGUUGUUGUAUGCAGUUUUACCUUGUAUUUAUUUGUUCCUUUUUUUUGGUUCCAAUUAUUUAGCUUUUAUAGAGUGAAAUUUAUUGACAAAAAAAACAAAAUUAAAUAGAUUGUUUGUUUAUUAGUUUUUUUUAAAAAAAAUACAAUCGAACUUUG